AUGGGACUGCCCUGCAAGGGAGGCGAGGAGAAGAAUGGGGGAAUGGGACUGUGGUGCAAGGGAGGAAAGGAUGAGAGGGGGAUUGGGAUGGUGGCACAAGGGGAAGGGCAGCGCCUGGGAAGGGGAGAGCUAGGGAGGGGGAAGGAGAGUGCUAUAAGAGGGGGAAGGGGAGUGCUAGGGAGGGGGAAGGGGAGUGCUAGGGAGGGGGAAGGGGUGGGCUUGCGGGGGGGGAAGGGGAGUGCUAGCGUGGGGGAAGCGGAGGGUUUGCGAGGGGGAGGGGGAGUGCUUGCAAGCGAGGAGGAAGGGGAGGGUUUGCGAGUGGGAGGGGGAAUGCUUGCAAGCGAGGUGGAAGGGGAGGGUUUGCGAGGGGGAAGGGGGGUGCUAGCGGGUGGGCUUGCGGGGGGGAAGGGGAGUGCUAGGGAGGGGGAAGGGGAGUGCAAGGGAGGUGGAAGGGGAGGGAUAGCGUGGGUGGAUGGGAGGAUAGAGAGUGGGGGAAGGGGAGGGCUUGCUAGCGAGGGGGAAGGGGAGUACUCGCGUGGGGGAAGGGGAGGGAUUGCGGUGGGGAAGGGGAGUGCUAGGGAGGGGGAAGGGGAGUGCAAGGGAGGGCGAAGGGGAGGGCUAUCGUGGGUGAAUGGGAAUGCUAGCGUGACGGGGAAUGUGAAUGCUAGCGUGACGGGGAAUGUGAAUGCUAGCGUGACGGGGAAUGUGAAUGCUAGCGUGACGGGGAAUGGGAAUGCUAGCGUGACGGGGAAUGGGAAUGCUAGUGUGACGGGGAAUGGGAAUGCUAGUGUGACGGGGAAUGGGAAUGCUAGCGUGACGGGGAAUGUGAAUGCUAGCGUGACGGGGAAUGUGAAUGCUAGCGUGACGGGGAAUGUGAAUGCUAGCGUGACGGGGAAUGGGAAUGCUAGCGUGACGGGGAAUGGGAAUGCUAGCGUGACGGGGAAUGGGAAUGCUAGUGUGACGGGGAAUGGGAAUGCUAGUGUGACGGGGAAUGGGAAUGCUAGCGUGACGGGGAAUGGGAAUGCUAGUGUGACGGGGAAUGGGAAUGCUAGCGUGACGGGGAAUGUGAAUGCUAGCGUGACGGGGAAUGGGAAUGCUAGCGUGACGGGGAAUGUGAAUGCUAGUGUGACGGGGAAUGGGAAUGCUAGCGUGACGGGGAAUGGGAAUGCUAGCGUGACGGGGAAUGUGAAUGCUAGCGUGACGGGGAAUGGGAAUGCUAGCGUGACGGGGAAUGUGAAUGCUAGCGUGACUGGGAAUGUGAAUGCUAGCGUGACGGGGAAUGUGAAUGCUAGCGUGACGGGGAAUGGGAAUGCUAGCGUGACGGGGAAUGGGAAUGCUAGUGUGACGGGGAAUGGGAAUGCUAGCGUGACGGGGAAUGGGAAUGCUAGCGUGACGGGGAAUGUGAAUGCUAGCGUGACGGGGAAUGGGAAUGCUAGCGUGACGGGGAAUGUGAAUGCUAGCGUGACGGGGAAUGGGAAUGCUAGCGUGACGGGGAAUGUGAAUGCUAGCGUGACGGGGAAUGGGAAUGCUAGCGUGACGGGGAAUGGGAAUGCUAGUGUGACGGGGAAUGGGAAUGCUAGCGUGACGGGGAAUGUGAAUGCUAGCGUGACUGGGAAUGUGAAUGCUAGCGUGACGGGGAAUGUGAAUGCUAGCGUGACGGGGAAUGGGAAUGCUAGCGUGACGGGGAAUGUGAAUGCUAGCGUGACGGGGAAUGUGAAUGCUAGCGUGACGGGGAAUGGGAAUGCUAGCGUGACGGGGAAUGUGAAUGCUAGUGUGACGGGGAAUGUGAAUGCUAGCGUGACGGGGAAUGUGAAUGCUAGCGUGACGGGGAAUGGGAAUGCUAGUGUGACGGGGAAUGGGAAUGCUAGCGUGACGGGGAAUGGGAAUGCUAGCGUGACGGGGAAUGGGAAUGCUAGCGUGACGGGGAAUGGGAAUGCUAGCGUGACGGGGAAUGUGAAUGCUAGCGUGACGGGGAAUGGGAAUGCUAGCGUGACGGGGAAUGGGAAUGCUAGCGUGACGGGGAAUGUGAAUGCUAGCGUGACGGGGAAUGGGAAUGCUAGCGUGACGGGGAAUGGGAAUGCUAGUGUGACGGGGAAUGGGAAUGCUAGCGUGACGGGGAAUGUGAAUGCUAGCGUGACUGGGAAUGUGAAUGCUAGCGUGACGGGGAAUGUGAAUGCUAGCGUGACGGGGAAUGGGAAUGCUAGCGUGACGGGGAAUGUGAAUGCUAGCGUGACGGGGAAUGGGAAUGCUAGCGUGACGGGGAAUGGGAAUGCUAGCGUGACGGGGAAUGUGAAUGCUAGUGUGACGGGGAAUGUGAAUGCUAGCGUGACGGGGAAUGGGAAUGCUAGCGUGACGGGGAAUGUGAAUGCUAGCGUGACGGGGAAUGGGAAUGCUAGCGUGACGGGGAAUGGGAAUGCUAGCGUGACGGGGAAUGUGAAUGCUAGCGUGACGGGGAAUGGGAAUGCUAGCGUGACGGGGAAUGUGAAUGCUAGCGUGACGGGGAAUGGGAAUGCUAGCGUGACGGCGAAUGUGAAUGCUAGCGUGACGGGGAAUGGGAAUGCUAGCCGUGACGGGGAAUGGGGAAUGCUAGCCGUGACGGGGAAUGGGAAUGCUAGCGUGACGGGGAAUGUGAAUGCUAGUGUGACGGGGAAUGGGAAUGCUAGCGUGACGGGGAAUGUGAAUGCUAGCGUGACUGGGAAUGGGAAUGCUAGCGUGACGGGGAAUGUGAAUGCUAGCGUGACGGGGAAUGGGAAUGCUAGCGUGACGGGGAAUGUGAAUGCUAGCGUGACGGGGAAUGUGAAUGCUAGCGUGACGGGGAAUGGGAAUGCUAGCGUGACGGGGAAUGGGAAUGCUAGCGUGACGGGGAAUGUGAAUGCUAGUGUGACGGGGAAUGGGAAUGCUAGCGUGACGGGGAAUGUGAAUGCUAGCGUGACUGGGAAUGGGAAUGCUAGCGUGACGGGGAAUGUGAAUGCUAGCGUGACGGGGAAUGGGAAUGCUAGCGUGACGGGGAAUGUGAAUGCUAGCGUGACGGGGAAUGUGAAUGCUAGUGUGACGGGGAAUGGGAAUGCUAGCGUGACGGGGAAUGGGAAUGCUAGCGUGACGGGGAAUGUGAAUGCUAGCGUGACUGGGAAUGGGAAUGCUAGCGUGACGGGGAAUGUGAAUGCUAGUGUGACGGGGAAUGGGAAUGCUAGCGUGACGGGGAAUGUGAAUGCUAGCGUGACGGGGAAUGGGAAUGCUAGCGUGACGGGGAAUGUGAAUGCUAGCGUGACGGGGAAUGGGAAUGCUAGCGUGACGGGGAAUGUGAAUGCUAGCGUGACGGGGAAUGGGAAUGCUAGCGUGACGGGGAAUGUGAAUGCUAGCGUGACGGGGAAUGGGAAUGCUAGCGUGACGGGGAAUGUGAAUGCUAGCGUGACGGGGAAUGGGAAUGCUAGCGUGACGGGGAAUGUGAAUGCUAGCGUGACGGGGAAUGGGAAUGCUAGCGUGACGGGGAAUGGGAAUGCUAGCGUGACGGGGAAUGGGAAUGCUAGCGUGACGGGGAAUGGGAAUGCUAGCGUGACGGGGAAUGGGAAUGCUAGCGUGACGGGGAAUGUGAAUGCUAGCGUGACGGGGAAUGGGAAUGCUAGCGUGACGGGGAAUGUGAAUGCUAGUGUGACGGGGAAUGGGAAUGCUAGCGUGACGGGGAAUGUGAAUGCUAGCGUGACGGGGAAUGGGAAUGCUAGCGUGACGGGGAAUGUGAAUGCUAGCGUGACGGGGAAUGGGAAUGCUAGCGUGACGGGGAAUGUGAAUGCUAGCGUGACGGGGAAUGGGAAUGCUAGCGUGACGGGGAAUGUGAAUGCUAGUGUGACGGGGAAUGGGAAUGCUAGCGUGACGGCGAAUGUGAAUGCUAGCGUGACGGGGAAUGGGAAUGCUAGCGUGACGGGGAAUGGGAAUGCUAGCGUGACGGGGAAUGGGAAUGCUAGCGUGACGGGGAAUGUGAAUGCUAGCGUGACGGGGAAUGUGAAUGCUAGCGUGACGGGGAAUGGGAAUGCUAGCGUGACGGGGAAUGGGAAUGCUAGCGUGACGGGGAAUGUGAAUGCUAGUGUGACGGGGAAUGGGAAUGCUAGCGUGACGGGGAAUGUGAAUGCUAGCGUGACGGGGAAUGUGAAUGCUAGCGUGACGGGGAAUGGGAAUGCUAGCGUGACGGGGAACGUGAAUGCUAGCGUGACGGGGAAUGGGAAUGCUAGCGUGACGGGGAAUGGGAAUGCUAGCGUGACGGGGAAUGUGAAUGCUAGCGUGACGGGGAAUGUGAAUGCUAGCGUGACGGGGAAUGGGAAUGCUAGCGUGACGGGGAAUGGGAAUGCUAGCGUGACGGGGAAUGGGAAUGCUAGCGUGACGGGGAAUGGGAAUGCUAGCGUGACGGGGAAUGUGAAUGCUAGCCGUGACGGGAAUGGGAAUGCUAGCGUGACGGGGAAUGGGAAUGCUAGCGUGACGGGGAAUGGGAAUGCUAGCGUGACGGGGAAUGGGAAUGCUAGCGUGACGGGGAAUGGGAAUGCUAGCGUGACGGGGAAUGUGAAUGCUAGCGUGACGGGGAAUGUGAAUGCUAGCGUGACGGGGAAUGGGAAUGCUAGCGUGACGGGGAAUGGGAAUGCUAGCGUGACGGGGAAUGGGAAUGCUAGCGUGACGGGGAAUGGGAAUGCUAGCGUGACGGGGAAUGGGAAUGCUAGCGUGACGUGGAAUGGGAAUGCUAGCGUGACGGGGAAUGUGAAUGCUAGCGUGACUGGGAAUGGGAAUGCUAGCGUGACGGGGAAUGUGAAUGCUAGUGUGACGGGGAAUGGGAAUGCUAGCGUGACGGGGAAUGUGAAUGCUAGCGUGACUGGGAAUGGGAAUGCUAGCGUGACGGGGAAUGUGAAUGCUAGUGUGACGGGGAAUGGGAAUGCUAGCGUGACGGGGAAUGGGAAUGCUAGCGUGACGGGGAAUGUGAAUGCUAGCGUGACUGGGAAUGGGAAUGCUAGCGUGACGGGGAAUGUGAAUGCUAGUGUGACGGGGAAUGGGAAUGCUAGCGUGACGGGGAAUGUGAAUGCUAGCGUGACGGGGAAUGGGAAUGCUAGCGUGACGGGGAAUGUGAAUGCUAGCGUGACGGGGAAUGGGAAUGCUAGCGUGACGGGGAAUGUGAAUGCUAGCGUGACGGGGAAUGGGAAUGCUAGCGUGACGGGGAAUGUGAAUGCUAGCGUGACGGGGAAUGGGAAUGCUAGCGUGACGGGGAAUCGUGACGGGGAAUGCGUGACGGGGAAUGGGAAUGCUAGCGUGACGGGGAAUGGGAAUGCUAGCGUGACGGGGAAUGGGAAUGCUAGCGUGACGGGGAAUGUGAAUGCUAGCGUGACGGGGAAUGGGAAUGCUAGCGUGACGGGGAAUGGGAAUGCUAGCGUGACGGGGAAUGGGAAUGCUAGCGUGACGGGGAAUGGGAAUGCUAGCGUGACGGGGAAUGGGAAUGCUAGCGUGACGGGGAAUGGGAAUGCUAGCGUGACGGGGAAUGGGAAUGCUAGCGUGACGGGGAAUGGGAAUGCUAGCGUGACGGGGAAUGUGAAUGCUAGCGUGACGGGGAAUGGGAAUGCUAGCGUGACGGGGAAUGUGAAUGCUAGCGUGACGGGGAAUGGGAAUGCUAGCGUGACGGGGAAUGGGAAUGCUAGCGUGACGGGGAAUGGGAAUGCUAGCGUGACGGGGAAUGGGAAUGCUAGCGUGACGGGGAAUGGGAAUGCUAGCGUGACGGGGAAUGGGAAUGCUAGCGUGACGGGGAAUGGGAAUGCUAGCGUGACGGGGAAUGUGAAUGCUAGCGUGACGGGGAAUGUGAAUGCUAGCGUGACGGGGAAUGGGAAUGCUAGCGUGACGGGGAAUGGGAAUGCUAGCGUGACGGGGAAUGGGAAUGCUAGCGUGACGGGGAAUGGGAAUGCUAGCGUGACGGGGAAUGUGAAUGCUAGCGUGACGGGGAAUGGGAAUGCUAGCGUGACGGGGAAUGGGAAUGCUAGCGUGACGGGGAAUGGGAAUGCUAGCGUGACGGGGAAUGGGAAUGCUAGCGUGACGGGGAAUGGGAAUGCUAGCGUGACGGGGAAUGGGAAUGCUAGCGUGACGGGGAAUGGGAAUGCUAGCGUGACGGGGAAUGGGAAUGCUAGCGUGACGGGGAAUGUGAAUGCUAGCGUGACGGGGAAUGGGAAUGCUAGCGUGACGGGGAAUGUGAAUGCUAGCGUGACGGGGAAUGGGAAUGCUAGCGUGACGGGGAAUGGGAAUGCUAGCGUGACGGGGAAUGGGAAUGCUAGCGUGACGGGGAAUGGGAAUGCUAGCGUGACGGGGAAUGGGAAUGCUAGCGUGACGGGGAAUGGGAAUGCUAGCGUGACGGGAAUGGGAAUGCUAGCCGUGACGGGGAAUGGGAAUGCUAGCGUGACGGGGAAUGUGAAUGCUAGCGUGACGGGGAAUGGGAAUGCUAGCGUGACGGGGAAUGGGAAUGCUAGCGUGACGGGGAAUGGGAAUGCUAGCGUGACGGGGAAUGGGAAUGCUAGCGUGACGGGGAAUGGGAAUGCUAGCGUGACGGGGAAUGGGAAUGCUAGCGUGACGGGGAAUGGGAAUGCUAGCGUGACGGGGAAUGGGAAUGCUAGCGUGACGGGGAAUGGGAAUGCUAGCGUGACGGGGAAUGGGAAUGCUAGCGUGACGGGGAAUGGGAAUGCUAGCGUGACGGGGAAUGGGAAUGCUAGCGUGACGGGGAAUGGGAAUGCUAGCGUGACGGGGAAUGGGAAUGCUAGCGUGACGGGGAAUGGGAAUGCUAGCGUGACGGGGAAUGGGAAUGCUAGCGUGACGGGGAAUGGGAAUGCUAGCGUGACGGGGAAUGGGAAUGCUAGCGUGACGGGGAAUGGGAAUGCUAGCGUGACGGGGAAUGUGAAUGCUAGCGUGACGGGGAAUGGGAAUGCUAGCGUGACGGGGAAUGGGAAUGCUAGCGUGACGGGGAAUGGGAAUGCUUAG